UGUAUUUCAGUAAUUGUUUGGUCUGGGGUGAACAUCACCAUUAUUACUAAAUUGUGAAAUAUGUAUAUUAUUAGACAUUAAAAGAGAACACAAUUAGAGGAGAAGUGUUUUGUGUUGAAUCUGUGGUUGCAGAUGCUGUUAAAGAUAGCAGGGUGGGGCAAUGGGUUCAGAUAUGAUGUCUUAGUCUAGAAGAUGUUUAGGACUCGUGCCAGUAGCGCAGGACAAAAGGGAGGGGUUUGAUGGAGGGGAAAGGAAGGAGAGAGAGAGAGAGAGAGAGAGAGAGAGAGAGAGGAGGUGAGGAGGAGAGCAGUGAGGAAAGAGAGAUGAAGAAAAGAAGGGUUAUAGGGAGGGAGUGGCUGAGGCCAUGUGGAUGAAAGAAGGAUAGACAAUGGAUGGAGAGAUUGUGAGGAUUGGAAGGUCGGGGGAGGAGAGAUGACUCACUCAGAGGUAUAAAAGCCUGUGUGUUCCUCACUCAGAUGUUGCAUUGCUCCUGCUGCCUAGCUUCAUCCACUGCCAGACAUCCCUGCAGAGAAGCAGAAAGAUCCUUGAGAAGGUGAACAAGAAGUGUUAUUUAAAAAAAAAAAAAAAGCCAUCAUGAGUCACUUGACCACCCGCACUUCCUACCGCCGCACUUUUGGUGGACCUACCCCCAUGUCCUCCAUGCCCGCCUACACCUCGUACUCGUCCCGUUACAUGAGCCCGGCUCCAGCUGCUGUGUCCACGCGGACUUUCCGCGUCCGCUCCAGUGCUCCGUCGGUUCCUCACGUCUCCUAUGACAAAGUGGACUUCGCCCUGGCUGAUAGCAUCAACCAAGAGUUCCGUAGCACACGCAGCAAUGAGAAGCAGGAGCUGCAGGAGUUGAACGACCGCUUCGCGAGCUUCAUCGAGAAAGUGCGCUACCUGGAGCAGCAGAAUGCCACGCUCACCCAUGAGCUCAACCAGUACAAGGGCAAACAGCAGCAGGGCCAGUCAAACCGCGCCAGCCAACUCUGCCAGCAGGAGAUGAGGGAGCUGCGUAGACAGGUUGAUCUCAUUGGGAAGGAGCGAGAUCAGAUCCAGGUGGACAGAGACAACAUGGCUGAAGAUCUGGCCUUGCUCAAGCAGAGGUUGGAUGAGGAGACUCAGAAAAGACAAGAUGCUGAGAACCAACUGGUCCUGUUCCGUAAGGAUGUGGAUGAUGCCACUUUGGCCCGUUUGGAGCUGGAGCGGAAAAUCGAGUCUCUGAUGGAUGAGAUUGAAUUUCUCAAGAAGAUGCAUGAUGAGGAAAUCCAGGAUGUGCAAGUGAGCUAUGAAACCCAGCAGAUGAAGAUGGAGGUGGAGGCCACAGUCCGUCCUGACCUGACUGCGGCUCUGAGAGACAUCAGGGCUCAAUAUGAAAGUAUUGCAACGAAGAACAUGCAGGAGUCUGAGGAGUGGUACAAAUCCAAGUUUACUGACCUGACCGACUCAGCCAAGCGCAAUGCUGAUGCCACGAGACAGGCCAAGCAGGAGGCCAACGAGUUCAGGAGGCAGAUUCAGAGCCUCAGCUGUGAGAUUGAUGCCCUUAAGAGCACGAAUGAGGCUCUGCUGAGGCAGAUGAGGGAAAUGGAGGACCAGUUUGGAGUGGAGGCUGGAAAUUACCAAGACAACAUCAACCGUCUGGAGGAAGAGAUCCACCACCUGAAGGAUGAAAUGUCCCGUCACCUGAGGGAAUAUCAGGACCUGCUUAAUGUAAAGAUGGCCCUGGACAUUGAGAUUGCCACUUACAGGAAGUUACUAGAAGGAGAGGAAAGCAGAAUUACUAUUCCUGUCAUGAACAUAACGUCAAUGAGUAUGCGCAGUGGCGAUUAUGACCUACCCACUGAUGUUGUACAUGGCAAAAAAGUUGUGAUCAAAACUGUUGAGACCCGUGAUGGAGAGGUGGUGAAGGAGUCCAGGAAGGAGAAGGACACCCCACGAGAUUCCAAGGAAUCUAACUGAGUUGUUUGAGAAUUGAGGAUCCAAGAACAUGCAGGCUGGAGCGAGACAUAAACAAAAUAUAAAGAAUAACAUUUUAAAAUUGUUUAAGCUUUUAAUCUGCUAUUCAUUACUGAUG